AAAGUCCACAACCCUACUCCAUUGUUAUCAUUCUCCGGCUCCGAGGACAUUGGAGAGGAUGGGGAAGAGGGGCAAGAAGCUUCUUGCUCCUUUUUUGGCCCUUCUAUUCUUCGUCUCCUCGGCGGAGGUCAACGGUGGCUCCCCAUUCGUGCGCCAAGAGGGGGACAGAGUGCAACGUUUACCGGGGCAGUCCUUUAACGUGAGCUUCGCUCACUACGCCGGCUAUGUGACCGUCAACGAGGACUCUGGGAGGGCUCUCUUCUAUUGGUUCUUCGAGGCCGUCGAGGACCCUGUAUCCAAGCCACUUGUUCUUUGGCUCAAUGGAGGGCCUGGGUGUUCUUCCAUUGCUUAUGGACUGGCUGAGGAGGUGGGACCUUUUCAUGUCAAUGCAGAUGGCCAGAGCCUUUAUCUGAAUCCUUAUUCUUGGAAUCAAGUGGCAAAUAUCCUGUUUCUUGAUUCCCCUGUGGGUGUCGGUUUUUCCUACUCAAACAAUUCCCAAGAUGUGUUGAGCAAUGGGGAUGAAAGGACUGCAAAGGAUUCCUUAAUAUUUUUAAAGAAGUGGUUCGAGCGAUUUCCCCAAUAUAAGGGACAAGAUUUUUAUCUAACUGGAGAGAGCUAUGCAGGACAUUAUGUUCCACAGCUGGCUCAAGCAAUUAUAAGGUCUCAAAAGUUGACAGGGGAAACAUCAAUUAAUCUUAAGGGAUACAUGGUGGGAAAUGCCUUGACUGAUGAUUUCCAUGAUCAUUAUGGAGUUUUUCAAUUCAUGUGGUCUGGUGGUCUGAUCUCCGAUCAGACAUACAAGCUGCUGAAUUUUUUCUGUGACUUCCAAUCCUUUGUGCAUGUGUCAUCUGAAUGUGAAAAGAUUCUUGAUGUAGCUUCCAAUGAACUGGGAACCAUUGAUCCAUAUAGCAUCUUGACUCCUUCCUGCCCAGGAACUGUCACUUUCUCAAAGAAUAAAUUACUAAAAAGAUUGCAUUCAUUUGGCCGAGUGGGAGAAAAGUAUGACCCCUGCACUGAGAAGCACUCUACCAUUUAUUUUAACUUGCCUGAGGUUCAGAAGGCACUUCAUGUUAAUCCAGUGGUAGCACCAUCUGAGUGGGAAACCUGCAGUGACGUUGUCAAUGAAAAUUGGAAAGACUCCCCAAGGUCCGUUCUACACAUCUACCAUGAGCUUAUCCACUAUGGGCUCCGCAUUUGGAUGUUCAGUGGAGACACGGAUGCUGUGAUUCCAGUCACAUCCACACGUUAUAAUGUUGAUUCUCUCAAGCUUCCUACUGUAACUCCAUGGCAUGCUUGGUAUGAUGAUGGCCAGGUUGGUGGAUGGACCCAAGUGUAUAAAGGGCUUACAUUUGUGACUGUGAGGGGAGCUGGUCAUGAGGUUCCCUUGCAUCGUCCUAAACAAGCUCUUGUUCUUUUCAAGUCAUUCUUGUCAGGAAGCCCAAUGCCUACAUUAUCUGAGUUUGUUGACUCUUAAAAUCAUUUCAUUGCUUGGUUGCUCAUGGAGAGAGAUGUUUGGACCUACAUAUCCAGUUCAACGAAAGCAACAGAACCAUGGGUAUAUUGCCAUUCAAUUUAGCAUAGCUAUUGAUUUUUAAUUAUCUAUAUAUUACACGAAGUUACAGGUUCUAUGUUGCUUUCGUGUGUUGCUUGCUAGUUGUCCACAAGCACAAUAUUUCAUUUCUAAUCCAAAACAAGGUUACUGAUAAUGUAAGAGUAUACCGAUUUGCUCAUAAAUGAUUACGAGUGUUAAACA